GUGGCCUUAACACAUGGAUUUCCUUCCAAAAAUGCAGACCCAUUUUAAUUAAAUUUAUAAUUAACCUUCAAGAGGGCAGGUCCCUGGAUUCAGUUGGCUUUUGGAGACAUCAACAAGAUGGGAGUCACAGCUGUGCUCAUCCUGCCUUUGCUGCUCUUGGGAAUUAGUGGCCUGCUCUUCAUCUACCAAGAGGUGUCCAGGCUGUGGUCCAAGUCAGCCGUGCAGAACAAAGUGGUGGUGAUCACCGAUGCCAUCUCAGGACUGGGCAAGGAGUGUGCUCGGGUGUUCCACACAGGCGGCGCGAGGCUGGUGCUGUGCGGCAAGAACUGGGAGAGGCUAGAGAAUCUGUACGAUGCCUUGGUCAGCGUGGCUGACCCCAGCAAGACAUUCACCCCGAAGCUGGUCCUCUUAGAUCUUGCAGACAUUGGCUGCGUGCAGGACGUGGCCAAAGAGGUCCUGGACUGCUAUGGCUGCGUGGACAUCCUCAUCAACAAUGCCAGUGUGAAGGUGAAGGGGCCUGCCGAUAAGAUCUCCCUGGAGCUGGACAAAAAGAUCAUGGAUGCCAAUUACUUUGGGCCCAUCACCCUGACCAAAGCCCUGCUUCCCAACAUGAUCUCCCGGAGGACAGGCCAAAUCGUGCUGGUGAACAACAUCCAGGGAAAGCUUGGAAUCCCAUUCCGCACCGCUUACGCUGCCUCCAAGCAUGCUGUACUGGGCUUCUUUGACUGCCUCCGCGCUGAAGUGGAGGAAUAUGACGUCGUUGUCAGCACUGUGAGCCCGACUUUCAUCCGGCCGUACCGUGUCCAUCCCAGCCCAGGAAACUGGGAGGCCCCCAUUUGGAAAUUCUUUUUCAGGAAGCUGGCCUACGGGGUGCACGCAGUGGAUGUGGCCGAGGAGGUGAUGCGCACUGUGAGGCGGAAGAAGCAGGAGGUGUUCAUGGCCAACCCCAUCCCCAAGGCCGCGGUGUACGUCCGCACCUUCUUCCCCGAGUUCUUCUUCGCUGUGGUGGCCUGUGGGGUGAAGGAGAAGCUCCACGUCCCAGAGGAGGGUUAGCCACAGAGGGCAGUCGGUCACCCUGAUGGGAAUAAAGGCUUUCCUGGCUUG